UCUCAGUUCAUACACUAAAGCACUUCUUUACUCGUCUCCUCCAACCAACCAAUCCAAUUAAAGUCAAACCAGACGAUUCGCGUAUCUAUAAAUACAUUUAUAGUUCGCUCGCUUUAAUUCCAUUUCCAUCAAACCCCAGGAGAGACAUUUAAAUUUUGGUGUACAAGAAAUGCAGGGGACUCCGAUCUCCAUGAACGAUCUUGCUGAAAUGAUCAAUGGCAAAUUCAGCGAUGAUUUUGAAGCGAAUUUGAGAUUACAGAGAGGAGGAGAAGAUAAAGAGGAGGAGGAACAAGAGCAAGAACAAGAAGAAGAGGAGGAAGAUGAAGAUGAAGAUGAAGAUGAAGAUGAAUUCAGUUUCGUUGUCAUAAAUCCCGAUGGAUCUCCGGUUUCUGCGGAUCAGGCCUUCCAGAACGGUCUGAUCAGGCCGAUGUACCCGUUGUUUAACCAAGAUCUGCUCUACGAGUCCGAUACUCGGACUCUGCGGCCUCCGCUGAAGAAGCUGUUCAUCGAGGAACGCGAUUCCGACAAAUCGUCGGAUGCGAAGGAGGAGGCGGUGGGGCCCUACUGCGCGUGGUCGGGGAAGGCGGUGGACGCGUCCCCUGAGCAUUGCAAGAAGAGUAAUUCUACGGGGCUUUCGAAGUUGAGGAGGUUUCGAGAAUUGGUCCUUCGGAGCAACAGCGACGGGAAGGACGCGUUCGUGUUCUUCCAUAACAACAAUCCUUCGUCAACAACAACCACCACCACGAGAACGAUGAGAACGAAGAACAUUGAAAAGAGCGAAAAGAAAGAGAACGUUGAGAAGAAGACGACGGUGAAGGUAAACGUGAAAGUGGAAGGGAAAGGCAAAAAAGCACCAUCUGCGCACGAGCAGCAUUACGUGAAGAAGAAGGCAAUGACGGAAGGAGAGAAGCACAGGUCGUAUUUGCCAUACAGAGUUGGGUUUUUCACCAGCGUCAACGGGAUGAGUCGGAAUGUUCAUCCUUUCUAGGGCUCCCUCGUUUUGAUGAUAUUUUUUUUUUUUUAUAUUUUUGUAUAUUUUGUUGGGUUAAUUACUUAAUUUCAUUCCAUUUAUUAUUUAAUUUGGUGUAAGAACUGAGAAUGUAUAAUACAUAACUAGGUAUUUUUCUGUAAAUGAAGUAAUUUGACAUAGCCAAGACUAUACAAUACAUUAGCUUGAUUUGUGUU